AUGCCAUUCUACCGCUUCAUUGACUCAGACGUAGAGUCGGAGUCAGAUAUUGACCUGCAGCCACAACAGACUCAACGACAAUCUAAAAUUCAGACCCCUCAGGCCCAAACUCUCCAAGAACCGGUUAUUAUUGAUCUUGCGUCGGACGAAUCGGACGCGGAAGGACGUGGAGCGCAUAUCGUGCAUGACGUGUGGCCGGGGCAGUGGUUAAAGAACACGAAGAAGAGAGUACGGGCAAUCGGGAUGGCGAUGCGAACGGUCCUAGUGGUCAACGGCGCAUGGCACACCAGCAAGGAAGUAGAGGAGCAAGACAACCAUUCCAAGCACGAUGACAGUCGUAAUGGACGAGCUGCAAAGGCCGGAGACGGACUAUUGUCGACUGACGAUGGACAAGAUGCAGAUUCUCGGCAAGAAACAGAUCUUCUGGAUAGUUUCAUGACCAACGUCCUGCGUAAUCACAGGAUCGAGCCGAUCAAAGACCGCAUCUCGAAGGGACAGCAGUCGCCAAGUGACGCAAACUACAAGGCCUCGAAGGGGCCACGUCCAUUGAAGGUCACUUCCAAGGAAAUUGACGAGAUUCUAGCCAGACCCAAGAAGAGGGAGGCCAGCAUAGUCUCAAAUCAUGCGCUGCACACAAAUCGUAAUAUUCCCAAUGGUGAUCUGGUCAAGAGCGAUGUCUCCAACGUCUCGAGCGACAUCCACUAUGACACGGGCUCCCUCGAUCUCACGGAGUCCACAGACACCAAUGCCUUCCGAUUGCCAGCAAUGCCGGAUGGCAAAGUAUGCGUCUACAGAGGCGGACGUGGUGGAGGUGCCAUAGGUGCCAAAUCGCUGUACAAGGCAGCAGCGCAAACGUCUCGACCUUCGGUACUGCGAUCGUCCUCUGCUCUUUCAGGGCCUGAGCAAUCUCAUGGGACAACCACUUCUGGAGUCGCAUCGGCAAAGCCGGAGCUGAGAGAGAUACGGCCUGCAAGACCUCGCUCUCCCGCGGCAGUUUCCAAUGCGUGGGUGACAUCACAAGGUUCUGCUCUCAUCAGCCAGAAGCCAAUGCCGUCUUCUCCUUCAGGUGCAGCAAUAUCGCCAGAGCCCAUCCCAACAGUGCGAAUGGAGAAACGAUACCCCAAUACAGACAGGAGACGCGUUUUAUGCGAAACGUGCGACAAAUGCCACCAAGCCUGCGACGGCCUGCUCCCCUGCAAGACAUGCAAGGCUAGCGGCAAGGGUGGCCGAUGUCACUAUGAUGAGAAGCGCUAUAUGCGAUCGACUGCACCCAUCGACGCACAACCGGUUGAGCCUAAUUCUGGCCGUACCAUUACCGACCGUGCACAUACACGUUUAUCACCUUCACCGUCAGUACCGGUUUCGAUUCCGAAUGUGCAACGACAGUCAGCACCUGUAAGGCAGGAGGAAAUUCCCGAGUCAGAUACCGAGGGCCAGGGAGAUGGUGACAUUCCAUUUAGAGAUGAAGACGACAUCGGCGACGACAUUAUCGCUGUUGUUCCUACAGUCAAGCAUGCUGCCACACGAUACGCAGAAGAUUACCAAGAGACUAAGAAUUCUACUACAAGAAAGAGACGGCAUUCUGAGAUCUCUGACAACGAUGAUGACCCAUAUCCACCUCAUGACGCCCGCCAAUUCAACCAGCGAGGCACACGCACAAAGCGCAGUGCCGACGACGAACCCUGGAAAGCGAAUGGAUGGGUCUAUGCUGGCCCAGAAACCACGAAUAGACCUACGACCAGACUCUCGACAUCGACUCUCGAGCGACGCUCAUACACAGAUCAACCUACUCGAGGGAAUACCGAUGCUCCCAGCAAUCAAAAACACAAGCACUUCCGCACGAUCAAACCGGAGCACGUUCCUGACGCCGUAAAGAAAGCUUUGGCAAACGUACGCGAGGAUGUCGUGCUUGAUAUUGCGCCUAAUGAUCUCGCGCACAAUAUGUCCCCUCCUCGCACCAAGAGUGCAGGCAGAAUGAACAAACUGGAGACAAUCCUGGUUCAGCGCGAGCAGGCCGACGCCACUGCUCUUCGAGGCGCGCUUGAAGCUCUCCGGCAAGACCCGGAGUACAUGUGGGACGGCACCUCCGAGCAGGAGCGAGCAAACAUCGUCACCCACCGACGAAAGGUCCUCAUGGAUCGGCGAGAGAAGGAGGGAGUGUCGGCGGUUCAUUAUAUGAGUCAGUUGCUCGAUCUGGCGACGUCGAGUGUAGGUCCGGACGCGAUUCUGGGGUAUCUGAUGCAGUCGCGGCGGAACAAGCUCAAGGUCAUUGGCUUGCUGGACGGGUUGGUCAAAUACGAUGUCGAGGAUGGGAAGUUGAAGGUCCCAGCUACGCGUACUAAUGGAGAGGGAUGAUUGUGAUGUUUGGCCUUUGUCUGUCGAAUGCGAUAGACGACAGUGUCUCGAGAGGCUCUGCGGAAUAUCAAGGUCAAAUUGAAUGAUAAGAUACUACACUAGACUACAGUGGGUGCAGAAUGCAGAAUUGCUUCACGGUGCAGCAUUUCAAUCUAGACUACCCGCAGUGCAGAAUGCAGAACUCCUUCUAGUGCAGGAUUAUCCUGAAGAGGAAGUCUCGCGACGUAGACUACCGUCAGUGCAGAAUGCAAAAUUGCUUCACGGUGC